AUUUCAACAAUGGGUGUGAAAGGUUUACAAGGAUUUGUAGGAAAUGCCUGUCCCAGUGUAUGUACAGUAGUAAAUUUGAAAGAAAUGGCAGAAAAAUAUCAGAUUCACCAUCCUGGAUGCACUCCUGUAAUUGUUGUUGAUGCCAUGUGCUGUCUUAAACAUUGGUAUACACCCAAAUCUUGGGUUUGUGGUGGCCAGUGGCAGGAAUACCUUGCUAUCUUACAAGAUUUCAUUAAAGCUUUUAAUACAGCAGGCAUCAAGUUGGUAUUCUUCUUCGAUGGUGUAGUAGAACAGAAUAAGAGGCAUGAAUGGGUGAAACGGAGACUCAGGAACAACAAGGAGAUAUCUAGAAUCUUUCAGUUCAUCAAGACCCAUAGGCAACAACCAAGCAGGGAUAUGUUCUUCAUUCCCUCAGGGCUGGCUACAUUUACUCAUUUUGCUCUAAAAUCUCUGGGUCAGGAAACUGUGUGUUCAUUACGAGAGGCGGACUAUGAAGUAGCUUCUUAUGGGCUUCAAAAUAACUGCCUGGGAAUUCUUGGAGAAGAUACCGACUAUCUCAUCUAUAAUACAUGUCCUUACUUUUCUAUUAAUAAGCUCUGCCUUGACAGGCUUGUUACUGUUAUGUUCUCAAGAGAGAACCUUUGCCAUAGCCUGGGCCUUAGUAUAACAGAUCUUCCUCUCUUGGCCUGCAUACUGGGCAAUGAUACGGUUCCAGAAGGCAUGUUGGAAAAUUUUCGACAAAAAUGCCUGUCUGGUUAUCCCUUUGCUAAACAGAACAAUGACAAAAGGACUAACACAAUCCUAGCUGUGGCAGACUACAUAUCUAGAGUUCUCCACUCACAGCAAGGGAUGAAAGACCUAGAAGAAAUGUUACCUUUGGGAAGAAACAAAACUCUGUUUUGUAGGGGCAUAUUGUCCUAUCUCCUGCCUGGGCAACAGUCUCCCUGGCUUCUUGAAAUAUCCAGCUUGGAAACAUCAGACAAGCAAGAAGUAACCAUGUGUUCAGACCCAGAGAUCUUACAGGUAGCUAAGGAACAACAUGUCCGAGCUGAAAGCUACCUGGUCUACAAUAUCCUAAGCAGUGGAGAGAUUGAAUGUAGCAACACACUGGAAGAUGAAUUUGACACAGAACUCCCUGGACAGGCACUUAUUUACCGUCCUGCUCGGCAACGUAUUUACUCACUCUUGUUGGGAGACAAUAAAGAUGCUUGCAGUUCCCACCCCAUAAUAAAAGAAUGGUUUGUGUACUUUGGGAAUCAGCUGAGGCAUCCAGAACUGGUACAGCCUAUCAAACUGGACAUCCCAGGUGGAACACCUAGUUUGAGAACACUGUGGCUGAGCCAAGAGGCAGGGGUACAAUCCCAGCGUUAUGACACCUUUCUGGCCUGCUUUCACCUUCGGAUUGAAAGAGAAGAACUUCAGACUCUAGACAACUCACUUGCAGCCCUGUGCUGUCUCUUGAUCUACCUUCUUGGGCAGGUGGAUGCUUUCUCCCUGGAGGAUAUAAAUGCUUUUAUUGCUCAGACUUUGUGCCUCCAAGGAAAAUCAGCUUCUCAACUCUCAGACUUACAGCUCACCCAUGUUGACUCCAGAGCUGUACAACUUGGUUCUCUCUUCAUCCGAGGCCUUACCACUUUGAUUCUGGCCAACAUUGCUUGUGGGUUUCCAUUUAGAAUGGAUGAUUUAAUGGCUUGGAAGAUGUUUGAUGGAAAACUUUUUCAACAGAAGUACCAGCAGUCACACAGAGGCUGUUCUAUGGAGGAACUUCUAGAAGGCAAUAAAUGUUGGCUGACUGAGUUCCAGAACUUAAAAUCGCUCAUUUGUAAGGCCUGCAUGAAGAACAGCCGAGCUCUUCAAAGCAGACAGCGAGGGAAUGAAUUCAUCAGAGGGUCAGAAAACAGAAGAUGGGGCUCCAGUUUUCAGAGAUCCUAUCAGUCUCAUUUUCCUCCUUCAUACCAUAAUCCCAACCAAGGACACCACUGGAGAGGCUUUGGGCCUGGUUCAUCGAGAUUUGAAACUGGCCCCUCAGGUUGGAACUCUUUCACCAGAAUUCUCUUCCAAAUACUCCCUCUCGAGAAAGCAAAAGGUAGAGGAUAUAGGUCAGAAGAACAAAACCAGAAGAAAAGAAGAUUCCAACACACUCCCAGGUGGCCCAGAUGACACCAUAAUGCUGGGAUGGAGCAGAAACCUUUUACAGAUGAAAACAUUCUUCAACUUGGAAACUGAGCAAAGAAAAAUAAACCUGUGUAAUUUUAC